AUGGACGCGAUCAAGAAGAAGAUGCAGGCGAUGAAGCUGGAGAAGGACAACGCCCUUGACCGUGCUGCAAUGUGCGAGCAAGAGGCCAAGGACGCCAACCUUCGCGCUGAGAAGGCAGAAGAAGAGGCUAGACAGCUCCAGAAGAAAAUCCAGACUAUUGAGAACGAACUCGACCAGACACAAGAGUCUCUUAUGCAGGUCAACGGCAAGCUUGAAGAGAAGGAGAAGGCCCUACAAAACGCCGAAUCAGAAGUGGCUGCACUCAACCGACGUAUCCAACUGCUAGAAGAAGACCUUGAGAGGUCUGAGGAGCGUCUCGCCACAGCCACCGCUAAGUUAGCGGAGGCCAGCCAAGCUGCUGAUGAGUCAGAACGUGCCCGCAAGGUUCUGGAGAACAGGUCCUUGGCAGAUGAGGAGCGCAUGGACGCCCUGGAGAACCAGCUGAAGGAAGCCAGGUUCCUCGCUGAGGAAGCUGACAAGAAAUACGAUGAGGUGGCUCGUAAGCUGGCCAUGGUUGAGGCAGACUUGGAGCGCGCGGAGGAGCGUGCCGAGACCGGUGAAUCCAAAAUCGUGGAGCUUGAGGAAGAACUCCGUGUUGUUGGUAACAACCUGAAAUCCCUGGAAGUCUCCGAGGAGAAGGCCAACCAACGUGAGGAGGAGUACAAAAAUCAGAUCAAAACCCUCACCACCCGCCUAAAGGAGGCCGAGGCGCGCGCCGAAUUUGCCGAGCGUUCAGUUCAGAAACUUCAAAAGGAGGUCGACAGGCUUGAAGACGAACUUGUCGCCGAGAAGGAGAAAUACAAGGACAUCGGAGACGACCUCGACACCGCUUUCGUGGAGCUCAUCCUUAAGGAUUAA